GGUCUGUGGGCCGGGAUGCCGACUGAGUGUGUGAGCGCAGAAAGCCUUGCAAGUCUCAACACACGUUGAAUGGAGAAGAAAGUACGCGGUGCGAGGAAAGGAAGCUUUCGAAGGAGAAGUGUGUGCGAGUAGCAGGGAGCCAUCAAGGACUCACGGAACGACUGAACCGAUUUGAGGACCGGGCGCAGACCGUGCAGCAGAGCGGAUCUCACGUGCGGCCACGCGUCCAUUCAUUGCCCGAAUUCCAAACCGGGACAGACACCGCGGCGGGUUCGGAAUGGUUACAGACGUACACUGAAGAUUAGUGGUGAACACAUCCACUGCUGAGUUUUUCAUGUGGUGCUGACUUGCUGAUUCAUCCUCUGUGAAGAAUUAACCAAAAGGCUCCAUGAAAAUCAAGCUGUUGGAAGAGUUAUUUUAAAAGAAGAAAAGAAAGCGCCAGUGGGACUUUAAAGACAAACAACUGUAGGUGUGCUCAGAAGUGAUGUAAGAGAACUCGGGGAAAACCCAAGGGACAUCCUACAAGAAAAUGUAGAGUCAUGUAUCCAGUGUGAAUGUUAACGCCGACCGCACUUCACUGCUCACAGACAGGCAGAGGAGAAGAGAAAGUGGCGCCAGUUAAUCAAUAACCGAGAGAUUGGAGGGGAAUUUCUUGGGUGAGCCCGCCUGUGGAUGCGUCUGGCUGUACUUUACUCUGAAGUGAAAAGCAGGAAGGAGGCGAGCAUAUUUUUAAACGUCUGCCUUGCCGAAGAAGAGAAAUUCAAAAAAAGUCUGAAGACGUCCACAUCUGCGCCAGCCGAUUACAGUUCGGGAUCAGCACCAUGUGUCAUGUGAUUGUAACCUGCCGCUCCAUGCUGUGGACCUUGCUGAGCAUCGUGGUAGCCUUUGCGGAACUGAUUGCCUUCAUGAGUGCGGACUGGCUAAUUGGGUGGGCUAAAUCUGGAAUGACAGACCAGAAGGCGAGUCCGAGCAGCUCGAGCACCGGGGAGCGUAGCCUCCCCACUCUAGGCAUCUAUGGACGCUGCCUCAAAUUAAAGUCUAUACAUGAAACCUCCUGCGGACCAUAUGCCGAGCACUUUGGGGAGAUUGCCAGCGGGUUCUGGCAGGCCACUGCGAUUUUCUUGGCAGUUGGAAUUUUGCUACUUUGUGCCGUGGCGUUCGUUUCUGUGUUUACCAUGUGCUUUCAAAGCAUCAUGAAGAAGAGCAUCUUCAACGUCUGUGGUCUGCUGCAGGGAAUUGCAGGUCUCUUCCUCAUCCUUGGCCUCAUGCUGUACCCUGCUGGUUGGGGCUCCCAGAAGGUGCUGGACUACUGCGGCCCAGACGCCUCGCCUUACCGGGUAGGCCAGUGCUCCCUCGGCUGGGCCUUCUACACAGCCAUUGGUGGAACGGUGCUGACCUUCAUCUGUGCCGUCUUCUCAGCCCAGGCGGAAAUCGCCACAUCCAGUGAUAAGGUUCAAGAGGAGAUCGAGGAAGGCAAAAGCCUCAUCUGCCUUCUGUGAAAGCACAUCCCUUGGGCUGCAUCCUAGUCGUCUGGGGAGGAAGACCUGGGAGUGAGUGGAGUGGAGUGUUGUUUAGUCCGCCAGUGGUGAGCAGGCCUGUCGUCUGUUUUCAGCCUGUUUGCUAUGUGGUGACCAAAGCGUGCAGAGCAUCGAGGAGACGCACCCCUUCAUUCAAAUUCACUUUAUGGGGUCUUUCCAAAAGGAAGCUGAUGUUUUCAGUCCAUUUGCCAGUAUAAGCUGCAGUGCCACACCACCAGCUGCAAUCAAGCCAUGUAAAUAUUGUUUAUAGUGCCAGUUUUAAUAACAUUAAUUUGGAGCCUAAAAAGAGGACGUCUCCCAUUUCUGGAUGGCCACAUGUGAACCACUCUACAUACUGGAACCCAUAUCUCAGCAGGAGUCCAUUUGGUUGGCGCCAUCAACUGGUUGAAAAGCGCAUGGAUUUUGCACAGACCUGAAUUUCAGAUUUGGAAACUUGCCACUGUCAAUAUUUGAUAUCAGAUCUUGGGAAUGCGAUUCAUUGUGCCGACAUUGUAUACGCUUCUGUAAUGGAACCUGCAUUUUAUGGAGCAUAACAUAUGGCGUACACAAUCCAGAGCAUUCUGGGCAACAUCAGCCUGGUUUGCAUGCAUAAAAGACAAUGGCAGACGGUGCUGCCAGUAAUCACUUCCAGAGCCCCCUUUGCUCUGGACUCAGAUGUCUAUUUUUCCAGUAAGCAGCAUUGCCAGAGAAAAAACUAAGAAAAGACCUCCUUAUUUUGCGGCUCAAAUUCUGGACGUCCCAAAGCUGGUUCUCAACACCUCCCUACACAAACCCCCCCCGCCCCCCCCAGGUCCUUUUGGUGCUCAAAGUGGGCUUCUAUGCAGGGACAUACUUUCCACUGUUAGCCACAGUCAGCCAUUCCAGUUUCCAGCAUAGUGGAGAUGCCCCCUGCCAGAAACAAUAUUGCCGUCCACCCCAGGGAAGACGCCUCGCAUCGGCUAACGGCACAUUCCUCGCAGUCACCAAUCGGACUGACGACUGCACAGUGUUGUGCUAAGGGCUUUUUUGAUUUCCCCCCCCACCACUCUUCAUUCUUCAGUUUGUUUGAAUUUUGAAAAAGAGCAGAGAGGCAGUUUGAGCGCAGCUUUGUUCAACUGCAGUUCUCCGAAUCUGUUAGCACUUUAGCCCUUGGGAAGUCGGCUAACGACGGGAUUAAAGAGUGAAAGGGAAAAACGCAGCAAGGGGGGACCCACAUGUCUUCACGGCCUGUGCCAGAGGAUCGGAAACGUAGCAGGAAGGCGUCACUCCUGAUGGACAUUCUCUAUCCUCUCAGGGCUUUGAGGUGCCAAGGCCGGGAACACGUCACACAGCCCCUCAGUAAGCAGGACGAGCGAGUGGACGACCCAUGACCACCUAGACCAGAGGUCCUCAAUCACAGUCCUGGUGGGCCGCAGUGGCUGCAGGUUUUUGUUCUAACCUGUCAAUAAUUUAAUUUCACGGCUUGUUCGUGCUUUAACUCUACCAUGUCAGGUCAUUCUCAUAUCCUUGAUUUUCUUCCCCUUUCUAAGGAUAUCAUCCAAAUGAUAUGAAGGCUAAAAUGGACGAGUAAUUCUCGGUCCUUCACUUUAAACUCUUCACUUUCCUUCCAAGUAUUUAAUUAAGCCCAAUAGUGCAUGAUAAAUACACACAGGCGUAAAUGGACGCCAGCUAAAUGGAGGCCUGCUGGUUUCUUUUGUCAUUUACAUGUUGUUGCUAAUAAGGACCAAUUAAAAACCGAGAAUACAGCUGUUUAAGACUAAAAUAAGCAAUAAGGGUUCAAAAUCUUAACAAGCAAGAGAAUUAAAAUGAAGCACAAGUGUUACUUGAGCAGUAAGUGCUUCUCUUUAAACAACUGGGUUAGAGCAAAAACUGGCAGCCACUGCGGCCCCCCAGGACCGUGAUUGAGGACCCCUGACCUAGACCAGUCAGUAAUUAUUAAAGCAGGAGAUCUCUGCAGGUCUUGCAAAGUAAAAUCCCAGAGUGCAUCACACGGGCACGGCUCUGCUUGCACAAGUUCUCACCAGAAGAGUGCCACCAUUACUUCACCCACAAGACACAAUAAGAGCAGCACACUGGCACGUCAAGUCUUUCGGCUGUAGACCACUCGCCAGUGGCGGGCGCAGAGCCAGUGUCAGAGUCCUCACCCUACGCAGCUCAUGGUUUGGUGAUCGUUGACACCUGCUGUUCAUAGCUGUCCGCCCGAGUGAUGGUGGGUGUCAGACAGCCGUCAACAGAAAGCGACUCGUUGUGUGGUACUCUUUUUCCUUUUCUUGCCACUAUUUUCCUAAUAUUUAUUUGUUUCUGUCUGCCCGUUCACAUUGCAACUUCCUACUGUUUUAUGAAAACUGCACUUGUCACUGUGUGGGUAGUAAUGGCAGGGUGAUGCUCCUCGAUGGGACCACCUCCUUGCGUCUUUGUGACCCAGGGGUCAGAGGAGCGGUGCUUGACAGUCGUACCACAGACUGAUUUCCCAGACUGAAACAAUCGCACGUCCUCUUAGCCCCUCGGUCACUGCAAUGCCAGAAUCAUUCAAAGACCAAUCAUCCCUUCAAAGUGCCUCUCUAACAAAGAAAUGUUUUCCACGUUUCCUUGGACUUUAAGGUGCAUCUUUGACUUUAGUUUUUAUCGGUGUGAAAUUCCUUCCCAUACUGUGAAAACGUAUUUGACAGGAACGGCUGGCGUGAAAGGCCUUUGGACUCGCACACCACCUCUUAUGUUUCACAAGUUUGUCUUGCAUUUUUUGGAACGAGCGACGACAUCAGAUUUAGGGAUUAGACGGACCUUAUUCAGCAAAAGCAAAAUAAACCGUUGUGCGUAUCUGAACAUCAAGAUCUCAUUUGAACUUGGACUUGAAUCUGUCUGCAGCAACACAACAACAUGGCCUGUCUUGGUCUUUCAUUAUUCCACUGGACUUUUCACGGUGAAUUUCCGUCAAACCCUACAAGGCCAUAUUUUGUUACUGCAUAAUAAGUGAUGCUCUCUUACUUUUUGAUUUUUACACCGAUUUCCUUUUCAAACGUGUCCCUGAUUGUAACUAAACCUGUGUAUGUAGAGGCGCUGCUGCCUUUCGGUGCCUGUGUGGUCCAAUUUGUGUUGUGUUUCUUGAUGUGUAAAGCAAUGUGCCAUAAUCUUUCCUGUAAAAUGAGCAUAUUUAAAAACAUAAAAUGUAUAAUCAUGAAUAUGUGAGAUAUGUGCAAUAUGGACGCGGAGAGCAUUCUAACAACUGCAACUCGAGUGCUGCCAGAAUACCGACGGGAUGCCGCGGCGCCAGCUUGAUUCCAAGGCGGAGUUGUGAAAGUCCUCACCAGCCCCAGGGACCCCGAAAUCAAUCCUGCCGUGAAAUUAAGGGCUACCUAGCAAGCGAACCACCUGUGCCCGCCAGUGCUUUCAGCAGCUUGGACUUGUCGAACCAUCCCGGCCCAGUGAUUUCGAUCGGGAUGUGAUUGCCCUGUGCAGUUUACAGUGUGCUAAGGACCAUUAAAGAUAAGUCUUUUUAUUUUGUUCACCUUGUUAGAAAUGUAAAUCAAAUUAAUAAAAUAAAAUGUGCCUUGACAA